AUGAACUCCGUCCACAGCCUGAUAGACGCUCCAGCACCAGCCUCGGCCCAGGGCCCGGCCCAGCUUGGAGCCCAGGCAGGGCUUCAUCUCCACGACCACGCGCAGGAGCAGUCUCAGCCGCAUCACCAGCUGCACCGCCUAGCCUCACCCACCCCGAUCCCGGUGUCGGCUUCGGCGCCGGCCCCGGGCCCCAUCGGCCUCUCGCUGUCUCCCUCGGCGGCGACCGCGUCGGCGCCAACUCCUGUCCAUACCCCGAGGCCAGACGACCUGCAGCAGAGACAGCUGCUGCCGCCCUCUACGCCGUCCAUGGUGCAUUAUGCCUCGAUUGCUUCGCCUCCUCUGAGACAGGAUACCAACUCGUCAAUCUCAACUCAGGCCACCACGGCUACCCUGGCCUCUACAGAGACCAACAACACAUCGUACAGUGCCGACACCUCCCCUAACCUGCACCAGUCCAUUUUCUCCCUCAAGGAUGGCUCCGACGUCUCUAACAGCCGUCGAACCAGCAGGAGACGUACCGGCCCCCUAUCUCAACAGUCCAGAGAACGGGCCGCCCUGAUCAGAAAGCUAGGAGCCUGCGUCGACUGCCGCCGCAGGAGAGUUGCCGUAAGUCGAGGCCCUCUCCCCCCUGCGCUCUACCCCGGCCAGCAUCUUGCGGCUGACAUUGCUCCGCAGUGCCACCCAAGCCAUCACAACAUGACUUGGGAAGACGUGGUUAGCAAGUUUCACAGGUCGCACAGCCCGGCCGUUCAGGAUAUUGCUCCCUCCCUCGUCGCUGCUGGCCGGCCUCUCAGUCCCGCAACUCCCCUCAACGCUGUCCAACCCAUGUUCACCCAUGAUCCCCAGGAGAUGGAGAUUGAUGCUGGCAACACGACGCCCAGCAGUCACCAUCAGCCCGGCCGUCCACCGCUUAGUGAAGCUCGCAUUCGCACCCCGCUCCCGACUGGCCCCAGGCUGGAGAAGUCGCUGUCUUUGCCGGGGAUUGAGAGCCUCAAAAACGACAUUCAAAGCAAUGCUGCGCGCAUGUUGUCUGCCACUACCCGCGGCCGGUACAACUCGGUGCAGGCCCUGUUAUUGUUUUGGCAAGAGGAUGAUGACGGGCUGUUAGUCCAGAGUGCGGUCAGAGAGCUAGCUGACGUCUUUGACAAGUACUAUCACUAUACGUUUCAAAUUCAGACUAUCCCCUCCUCUUCAGAAAGCUGUAAAAGCUCCUGGAGGUGGCUGUCGCGAAAACUCAACGACUUUGCAGAGGAGCGCGAUCAGCGUGACGUUUUGAAAAUCGUCUACUACAUAGGCCACACUUAUCUUGAUGGGAACCGGGAUAUGGUCUUGGCAAGCUCAAAAGAUCCCGACAGAGCCUCGACAAUCCGAUGGAGUGGCAUUCAACAAAUUCUCGAGGAGGCCUGCUCAGAUACUCUCAUCAUUAUGGAUGCCGCAUAUUAUCCCCCGGCUAGAAUCGUGCGGCAACAAGGCGUCCUUGAAAUCAUCGCGGCUUCUUUAUCAGAAGAUCACCUCAUAGCCCUCGAUCGGUGUGCUUUCACUCUGGCUCUUGCCGAACAGCUACGCACACGUGCAGCGCGCCAGACGCCACUCUCUGUGGUUGAACUGCACUCUAUCCUCAUGGCCCUUUACCCUAAAAUGGCCCGGGACCGUACGCCCGAGAGAGAGAUCAUAACGAGCUUCCCCUCCCCGCUACAUACCAUGAUGUCCGGAAACUCGAGGCUGCCUUCGAUAUUCCUCUCGCCUGUUCAGCAAAGUAGCCCGCUGCGAAGCAGCUUCUCCUACGAAAACAGCCCACAGCUACACCUAGCUAUCAAGUUAAACGAUGACAACAUUGAUAUCGACAGUUGGAACGAGUGGCUGCGCAUGAUGCCUGAAGGAAUCAAGGACAUUAAAAUCGACGGCCCAUUCCGGACGACGUUUAGGUAG